UCGACUUCCGGUCUCUCCUGGGUAUAAAUACAGAUGCUUUGGCGUAGUCGGUCUUUUGGAGCGACGCCACCGUUCAACGCUGUUUGUGUUUGAUUGAUGAUUCCAAAUACUUCUUGCUUGGGUAAGUAGCCGAUGGAUUUUUUUAACAAUGUAUGCUCAUGUUUGUGAAGAUUGCUAAGGUAUCACAUUUUAUGUGUUUGAGGAGAGGGUUCUAUUUAAAAGUGAAAAGACUUAAAAUGGAGUUCAAAGACUAGUUUGGGAUUCACUAAAAGCAGUUUCAAUCUAUCUACAGGUAUGGUCAGAGGUGAGAAAAAUUGAAGCACAUAAGGAUGUUUUGAGGAUCAAUGAUAUUUAGGACUGUUGGCAAACUCCACAGUACUCAAGCAUUCCAACGUGGAUAACCCGGGAGGUCACUCUCCCCGGGCUCUGUCCAGGUGGCAUAGGGGAGCAUAGGGCUCUGCCCCGUGAUGUACAGUCUCUUUCCACAACGUUGGAGAUGAAGCUGGGCUUUGUGUCUGCACCUGCAUAUUCCUACGACUUCUCAGAGUCUGUGGACUAUGACUGAGGAGACAAACCAUGCAGGAAACAAUAUCUAGCAUACUAAAAUUUUUUAUUAGAGUAAGAUCUUCAGGAUUCUAAUCUUGAGUUUAUUUUCAUUCAGGAGAAGAAGAGCAAUAUUCAACUUCAGCUGAUAACUGGAUUUGGGAUCCUUUAAUCAGACCUAAGUGAAUGAGAAGAUCUUGAAGACAGAAGACAGAGAGAUCAGAGAUCCCAGGGUAAAAACUUGGAGAAAUUUCACAGUAUAUCAUCCAAAAAAGGAGUUCACGAUGGAGGCAGAGGUAAACUUGAACAGGAGCAGUGGCGCACUCCUGUAAUCCCACCAGCUUGGGAGGCUGAGACAGGCGACUUGCAAGUUCAAAGCCAGCCUCAGCAAUGGUGAGGCCCUAAGCAACUCAGUGAGACCCUGUCUCUAAACAAAAUACAAAAUAGGGCUGGGAUUGGGAUGUGGCUCAGUGGUCGAGUGCCCUUGAGUUCAAUCCUUGGUACCAAAAGAAAAAAAAAAAUGUUCAUCUGGGGAUGAGGGUGUAGCUCUGUGAGAGAAGUCAUGUUGAUCAUGUUGUAGCCCCAAAAAAGUUUUUGGAGUUAAUGUAUAACACAGAAAAUACUCUUCUUCAGUAUUUUACUCUGAUACUCUGACCUGAGAAAUCCCAAGACACAAAGUGGCCUGAGAGGUCACCUCAGGGCACACCUGAAAUCCUGAAGAACUUUGUUUGCAACCUAAAGAAAAAGGAUGUGUUGCCAAGAAAGAAUAUUAUGCUUGAUGCUUCACAUCUUCAACUCCCAAGCCCAUUUCACACACCAUCUUUUUUUCUGGUCUCCCUCCUUCUUCUUGCUCCCCUCUUCCUUGGCUCUUCUUUUCCACAUUGUUCUCAAAACUGUUCAUGUCAAUGGGAGCCCAGAUCCCUCCCCUAGUUCCCCAUUGCCCCAGAACAGAGGCUGUACUACUACAAAGACACACAAGACCCACCAUCCAUCAUCAGUCACUCCCACAGGGCAUCCACUGCCCCCAUCUAUAUGACAGUUUCGAACAACAUCCCUGAGCUUUCCUGGCUGUUACUGCAAGUGUUGCUUCUCCCAUAAUGCCUUGUACUCCCAGACUUGGAAGGCCACUGCUGAGUCAAAGGGCUCUGUGCAAACUCUUGUCAUAACCCUGUGUGGCUACUGAAAAUGAUUUCUCAUCCUCCCCAGAGACAAAAGAUCACUUUUUUCUCCGUACAGACCCUUACGCAUCAGAUUUUCCCAAACAAACCUGGAUUCAAGUAGUCACUCCGGUCGCUCGGUUGUCAAUCCACUUGUCCGAAUUUGGGGCUUCCGAAAUACACAACCCCUAUAGCUAGGCCAGGUGAGGGAGCCUGGUCAAAGCUCCCUACUCAGGGAGCGAGCCACUCGCACUUUCUGGGGUGGCCGCCAGGGGCCGCCGGGCUCUUUGUUUUCCUUUCUGGCCAGGGUCGGGGCCGGAGGCCUGCAGAGCGCAUGCUCCGGGGCAGUUCGCGGCUCGGCCGGUGAUCACUGGAGUUCGUUGUAGCCGACCCGCACCAAGGAUAGGAAGAUGCCACCCAAGCGCAUAGCUAAGAGAAGGUCAGCCCCAGAAGAUGCCAUCCCCAAAAGCAAGAAAGUAAAGGUCUCACACAGGUCCCACAACACAGAACCAGGCUUGGUGCUGACACUGGGCCAGGGCGACGUGGGCCAGCUGGGCCUAGGUGAGAAUGUUAUGGAGAGGAAGAAGCCUGCCCUGGUGCCCAUUCCAGAGGAUGUUGUGCAGGUUGAGGCUGGGGGCAUGCACACCGUGUGUCUAAGCAAAAGUGGCCAGGUCUACUCCUUCGGCUGCAAUGAUGAAGGUGCCCUGGGAAGGGACACAUCUGUGGAGGGCUCAGACAUGGUCCCGGGGAAAGUGGACCUGCAAGAGAAGGUGAUACAAGUGUCAGCAGGAGAUAGCCACACAGCAGCUCUCACCGAAGAUGGCCGUGUUUUCCUGUGGGGUUCAUUCCGGGACAAUAAUGGCGUGAUUGGGUUGUUGGAGCCCAUGAAGAAGAGCAUGGUGCCUUUGCAAGUGCAGCUGGACAUACCAGUGGUAAAGGUAGCCUCAGGAAAUGACCACUUGGUGAUGCUGACAACUGAUGGUGACCUCUACACCUUGGGCUGCGGGGAGCAGGGCCAGCUAGGCCGAGUACCUGAGUUAUUUUCCAACCGUGGUGGUCGGCAGGGCCUCGAACGACUCUUGGUCCCCAAGUGUGUGAUGCUGAAAUCUAGGGGAGCCCCGGGCCAUGUGAGGUUCCAGGAUGCCUUCUGUGGUGCCUAUUUCACUUUUGCCAUCUCCCAAGACGGCCACAUAUAUGGCUUUGGUCUUUCCAACUACCAUCAACUUGGAACACCAGGCACAGAAUCUUGCUUCAUACCUCAGAACUUGACAUGCUUCAAGAAUUCCACCAAAUCCUGGGUGUGCUUCUCUGGUGGCCAGCACCAUACAGUCUGUCUGGAUUCAGAAGGAAAAGCAUACAGCCUGGGCCGGGCUGAAUAUGGGCGGCUUGGCCUUGGGGAGGGUGCUGAGGAGAAGAGCAUACCCACCCUCAUCUCCAGGCUGCCCACCGUCGUCUCAGUGGCCUGUGGGGCCUCUGUGGGGUAUGCCGUGACCAAGGAUGGUCGUGUUUUUGCCUGGGGUAUGGGCACCAACUAUCAGCUGGGUACAGGGCAGGAUGAGGACGCCUGGAGCCCUGUGGAGAUGACUGGCAAACAGCUGGAGAACCGCAUGGUGUUGUCUGUGUCCAGCGGAGGCCAGCAUACAGUCCUGUUAGUCAAGGACAAGGAGCAGAGCUGAUGAAGCCUCUGAGGGCCUGGCUCCUUCCCCUGCCCUCCCUUAUAGAACAGGGAAGCAGAGACAACUACAGAUUCCAGCAGGCCUCUCCCCAGCCCUGAGCACUGUCGUCUCCUGCCAUUUUUCCAUCAGCAGAGCAGAAUCCUUUUCUCUCUUUCCUCCUCUUUUCUGGAAUCAUCCUGGGACCUGCAGGAUGAAAGGGGAGGGAGAUGGGAGGGUCUGUCAGAAGGAACAUUGCUCAUCCCAGACUAUGUAGUCAGACCUUUCCUUCUACUUCCCUACCCUCCUGUGGUCCUGGCUGGCCCUGACUUUGCCUACAAAAAAAAAACAAAACUUCUUCCUCUGGAGGUGUGGUACCUGCACUUUGAGAAGUUGGGCUUUAUCAAGCCCCAUUCUGGUCUUGUGUUUCUAACAGUCCCCAGGCAAACAGAUGGUACAUUCAUCAUACCCAGUUGUCAUGGAGCCAUGUCUGGGGGAAUUUGGAGGAAAGACAAGGCUACAGGACCUGUGUGCAACCCCAAGCCAAAUAUUUGGCUCUAAACAGGUGUCCGAAUGAGCCACUUGAUGAAGAAAAAGCCAAAAGCUAUUCUCCCAGAAGCACAAAGCAUACUCUUGUCUCUCAGGCAUUGCCUGUGGAUUCUCCCAUUUGUUGGGCCGCACCUGCAACCAAGGACAUGAAAGCUGGGCUGGGCUGGGCAGGGCUGGGCAAAGCAUGGGGUAGAUGAAAGGUUUUAUGAACAGCAAUAUUGGGAGGAAGAGAGGGGAAGGAGUUGGAAGGGCAAAGGCUGGUCCUCAGAAAAGGAAGCAGCAACUUGUACAGUGGCUGUGAAAAUAGUUUUUGAUUUUUUUUUUAAUUAUAAAAUAUUUUGGAGGGGAGAGUGGAAAUCUUGUAACACUUUGAAUAAAUUUAAAGUUUUAUAAAACA